GCCCAAUGCCAAAUGCUGUGUGUUGCAGUGAUGGACUCCAUUGUUGUCCAAGUGGCUACACCUGCGACACCGGUGCAGGAACAUGUACAAAGGGCGCCCUCACACUCCCAUGGGUAGAGAAGACUGAAGCUAAAAUUGUCAAAUUGGAGUCUGUAAUGUGUCCCGAUGGUCAGUCUGAAUGUCCAGAUGGCAAUACUUGCUGUAAACUGAGUAGUGGACAAUAUGGAUGCUGCCCAAUGCCAAAUGUAAGUUGUCACUUUCAGA